AUGUACGAAAAACAUGAGCAAGACGAUGUUGAAAAAGCAGACCUGGAUACGAGGAGGAACACGCUGAGUUCCAUCAGCUCCUCCGAUUCUCAACACGAUGAGAUUGAUGUAGACGCCAUUCAACGGAGCACAAGUCGAACAGAACCGGGAGAAAAAUCAGUUCGACCUUCUACAGAUCUUAAGAGGACUGCCAGCAAUGUCCUCAGCCGAGUCGCUUCUCGCAUCACCACCCGCUCGAUCACCAACCCACCACCUCCUCCCAAUGGCGGCCUCCAUGCUUGGACGCAAGUCGCAUGCGGUGGUCUAGUCAUCAUGUGUACUUGGGGCUGGGUCAACAGCUACGGAACGUUCCAGAGCUACUACAUUCGUGAAUUGGGCCUCUCCUCUUCAACGGUCUCCUGGAUCGGAUCGAUUCAAAACUUCUUGACGUUCGUGAUAGGAGCCUUCUCGGGUCGACUCCUAGAUGCGGGAUGGUUCGUUCCAUGUUUCGCCGUGGGCAGUCUGAUACAAGUGCUCGGGAUCUUUUGCAUGUCUUUGUCAACGAAGUACUGGCAGCUGUUGUUGACGCAAGGCAUCAUGACUGGUAUUGGAGGUGGAAUCAUAUUUACGCCAACGAUGGGAUUGAUUGGGAGUUACUUCUCGACAAGACGAGCCCUUGCUGUCGGUUGUGCAACGCUCGGCAACAGCAUAGGAGGCAUGAUCUACCCCGUCAUCGUCCAACAACUCCUACCAAAAGUCGGCUUCGCCUGGACGGCCCGCGUCUUAGGUUUCGUCAACCUCGCAUGCUUGGGGCUGGCACUGGUGUACCUACGACCACGGCUACCACCUCGCAAAUCCGGACCCAUGGUCGACCUCUCAGCCUUUAAAGAACCGACCUACGCCCUCCUCGUCGCCGGACUGUUCAUGUUCAUGUGGCCAAACUACUACACCUUCUACAACAUCACCGCCUAUGGUACCCAACGCCUGAACCUUCCAUUCACCUCCGCCACGACCCUCACCAUCGUUCUCAACGGCGUCGGCCUUCCCUUUCGUAUCAUCCCGCCUCUGUGCGCCGACCGCUUUGGACAAUUCAAUGUCGUCGUCCCAAUCUUGGCCUGCUUUGCCAUCGUCCAAUUCACCUGGCUAGCUGUGACAUCGAUACCAGGCCUCUAUGUCUUCACGACCUUCUACGGCAUCGCGUCCGCGAGUUUCCAGUGUUUGAUACCCAGUACCAUGGCGAGUAUAACACCGGAGAUGAAUCGCUUCGGUACGAGACUGGGCAUGAUGUUCAGUACUGUUUCGAUCGCGGCGUUGACGGGUCCCCCGCUGGGAGGGGCGAUUCAGGGGGCUAUGGAUGGGAGAUGGUGGGGUGCGCAGACUUGGGCCGGGAUCGGAUUGGCGUUAUGCUUUGCGCUGAUGUUGGGUGCAAGGGUGAGCAAAGCUGGGUGGAAGCUGGGACCGCAUUGUUGA